AGGAAGUUGGUGGGGGCAUGACAGAGAGCUGGGGUUUCCUUUGAUGUAGACUUAGUGGCUUUAACAGAGGAGUGAUCAGUAGUCUGCCGCACUGGUGUGCUGGUCUGGCACUCAGGGAAGUGGCCACCACUCGCGUGAUUGUGGAGUAGAAACUCAGUUGCAGGAAGUACACAGUUCAAUUGAAGAAUUAAAACGGCACCUCAACAGAGCCGCUCUUGGGCUUUUCUUAUAACCCAUGUUUUCACAUCUUUCCUUCGAUUGUGUCCUUCUGUGGCUGCUACUACUUACAAGGUCUUUGGAAGGGUCACGCACAGCCGAGGUGGGCAAGAAUGCUUAUCUGCCCUGCCACUACUCUCCAACCACCUCGGAGAACCUUGUGCCCAUGUGCUGGGGCAGGGGACCCUGUCCUUUAACUCAAUGUACAAGUAUGAUGCUCAGCACUGAUGGAAGGCACUUGAACUACCAGAGUUCCAGCAGAUACCAGCUAAAGGGGAAUGUCCACAAAGGAGAUGUGUCCUUGACCAUAGAGAAUGUGACUUUAGCCGACAGUGGGACUUACUGCUGCCGUAUCCAAUUCCCAGGCCCAUUGAAUGAUAAAAAAUCAAACCUGGAGUUGGACAUCAAACCAGCCAAGGUCACCCCUGCUGGGACUCCAUGGAGAGCCUUCACUACAGCCUUUCCAAGGAUAUUUACCACUGAGGAACAUGGCUCAGCAGAGACAAAGACUCUGGAGACCCUCCAUGAUAAAAAUCAAACACAAAUAUACACGUUGGCGGAUGAGUUACAAGACUCUGGUUACAAGACCACCAGAAUAAGUGUCUAUAUUGGAGCAGGGAUCACUGCUGGGCUGGCUCUGGUUCUUAUCUUUGGUGCUUUAAUUCUCAAAUGGUAUUCUCAUAGGAAAGAGAAGUUACAGAAUUCCAGCCUCAUCACUUUGGCCAACCUCCCUCCUCCCUCAGGGUUAGAAAAUACAGUAGCAGAGGGGAUGCGCUCAAGGGAAAACGUCUAUACAAUUGAGGAGAACCUAUAUGAACUGGAGGACCCGUAUGCGGAUUACUGCUAUGUCAUUAGUGAGUAGCAAGCCUGACAACUCCGGGUCUUCACCCUUCUAUGCCAUCAGACCCAGCUUCAUUCGGGAGCUUGUAUUGUCUUCUUUGAAAGCGAUCAGAUGUGUCAGCUGAUUGACUUUAAGGUUCUGCCUGCGGCUACCCAGCAUUCUUUAUCCAGUUUCUGAGGAUAAGCUCACAAAAGGAUUGAACCAUCAUCUACCCAGUACUCAGACUUGUUACUACCUUACCUCUGCAUUCCAGCCAACAGGUUACUCAACUCAGAGACUACUAAUCAGGGCAUUAGAACUCAAAUGAGCUUCUCUGUGAAGUAGGAAUUCUUAAUGUGGGGACUCCUGAAUUCCAGGAUUUUCAGUCCCAUGAUGUGUCCACGAAGCUCCUGAGAAGGUGGGGCGGGGGUGGGGGGGAAUUACAUGCUGAGCUAUAUGCAUGCCUUUUUGGGUACAGAAAGUCUAAAGGGGCCACUGAUUUCAAAGAGAAAGUUGACUCAUAAAAGGUGAAGGAACUCCUGGAGUAGACUAGAUGGCCUUGAAGAUUUCCUUUGAGUCUCAACAUUUAAGCUUCUUUGAAUGAAGGCUCUCCUACAGAUACCAACUUAACACUCUCCUUCUCCAGUGAAGAAGCCGGCUCAGCAAGCCGUGGUGUGGCAGGAGCUCCUGGGGAAAAAGGAAGUGCACUCAUGUGUGUUGUCAGGUUCUGCUUGGGGAGAACUCAAAGGGAAACAUCUCUGACCAACUUCUCCAUUCAAGGAGAGAACCAGGGACAUGUUUUUCACAGAAAAAGAAGCAGUGACUGGGAUGCCUAUUCCGUUUCCUGGUGGAAGGAAGACGAAGGGCUGCAGCAAUCUGUACUAGUCAGCCUUAGAUCCCUUGGAGGGAAGACAGUGGUCCCUAAGCUUCCAUUCCAAGACUGUGGAGACUAGCUCUGCCUUCCUUAUUUGUUGCCUCUGCUCUCACACAUAAUAGAAAUUCUUAGGUAUCUUUGGAGUGAAAACAUUAAAUAUGCAGAAAGGUAGCUUUCUGGAAAGCCCUUCCAUUGGGGCACUCAGACAGAGCUCUGCCACCUCACUUCUUGGAGAACUCACAGACCCUAAGCUCCAUUGGUGCUCCUAUGUAGGCAGAAGUGGCUGUUUUCAGACAGUGACAAUAUGCACCUCACAGUCUGAAAACUGCUCCUCCCUCGGUGAUGACCAACCUGCUGCUGUGCUGCAUUCCAUGGAUGCUAGUCACCUGGAGGGAAGCGACUUCAGAAGACACGUAGACCACAUCAAUGGUUCCCUCCAAAGGAGAUUCUUACCCACAGAAAUCUUUAAAUAAGGGUGUAUAUAUAUAUAUGACGAUUGUUGCAAUGAUGUUUGCAAAACCUUUUUUCAUUGAUAGGGGAAUAGUUGAUUAUUGUGGUCCAUCAGCACACACUGAGGCAGGUAAGAAGAAUUAGGUGGUUUCAUUGUUGAGCUGUUUUGCUAAUUUAACAAAUAUUUAUUAAGGCUUGCUAUAUGCCAGGUAAUCUGAUGCUGAGACCAGAGAGAGAGACCAAAUAGACACAUCCCUGACCCCAUGGAACUUCUAGUUUGACAGGCAGGAGAAUUUGUUCUCUCUAUUCACUGUUAACAUUUACUGGCAUCAGCUUUGUCAGGCACUGUUUUAGUCCCUAGGAAUACAACAGUGAUGAAACCCUUAAUCUGACAAAGUUUAUGUUACUUGUCAGAGGGAAAUGCUAUAUUGCUAAAUCAAAAGAAAAAAAAAGUUCUAGAAUAAUAUAUACAAUUGAUGCAUAAUUUUUUUAAUCUUUAAAAAAUCUGGAAGAAUAUACCCAAGUUAAUAUGGUUACCACACAAAGGCAAAUAGUUAAGAGAUAGACUCAGCCUGGCCAGUGGUGCUCAGUGGUUAAGUGUUGACCUAUGAACCAGGAGGUCAUGAUUUGAUUCACUAUUG